UUUGAAUGGUUUCAAAGUUUUUUUCUAAAAGAAAUAGAAAAUUAAUCAAAUGUUGUUUAUUCAAAAAAUUUGGAUUUUACUGCUUUUUAAAGAAGAAUCAGAUUAAAGUGCUCUCUAUAAUAGAAAUAUUUAAAUCAAAGAAUGCUGUCUUAUAGCAGAGAAGAGAGACCAGCAACUAUCGACUAUAUAAUUCUAUGAAAUUCUCAAACUUUCGGGCUCUUGAACUCUUCGGAGUGCAAUAAAAUUUAUUUAAUACCUGGAACACUUAGGUGUCCAAAAUGUAGAAACAAUAAAAUAUUUAAAAUUAAUGAUCGAGAGUAACACUGACAAGUCACUUCAACCUUAAAGAGUGCAAUAAAAUCUAAGAUAGAAUAAAGGCCGAAAAUUAGGGUAAUCAAGUACCUGAACUCUUUUAAAUGAGGAUUGAAUUGAGAAAAUCCUCUAAAAAAUUUCAAAAUCACGUAAAGGUACUCCAAAGUAGACAAAACUAGUUGUUUUCUUCAGAACGAAGAUGUAUAAAUCUAAUUUUAAAAAAUGUAACAAACUAACAAAUUGUAUACUACAGACAUCUUGUGGUCAGAGUGCCAACUAAAAAUUCCAGGCGACACGGAAGAGCCAUUUCUGGACUUCUACGUAAGACAGUAUUCUUUGUUUAAACCAAAGAAAAAGGACUGAACCUCUACAUAUGUUAUAUACAUGUCUGCCUAUUCUCUUUGAUUUUAAGGUUAUGUUUAUGAUCGUGCAUGCUAGGUGAAAAUCAAAGUAUUGUUUAUUUUUGUUGUCAAAUCAAAAAAUAAAAAUGGAUGAAAUAUUGAAAGAUCCACGUUUCGCACAUGUUCCAAAGGAUCCAAAAUUUAGAAAGAUUCCUAAAAAUGAAAGGAAAGUAAAAAUAGAUAAAAGAUUUCAGUCUAUGUUCAAAGAUGAAAAGUUUACUGUAAAAUAUACAAUAGAUAAACGUGGAAGACCAAUCAGUCAAACAUCUACAGAAAAUUUAAAAAAGUACUACGAUUUAUCAAGUAAUGAAGAUGAUAGUGACGAAGAUGAAAUUAAACAAAAUGAAAAAAUAAGAACAAGCAAGAAAACUAAAAAAAAUAAAAUUACAAAUUCAUCAAAACAAAAAACUAAACCUAAAGAUAAAAAUAUUACUGAUGAUGAUGAUAGUGAUAGUGAUGAGACAAAUAAGAACAUACAUAUUGGUGAGGAUGAUAUUAGAAAUGAUUUGGAUGAAUCUCAUACUUCAAGUGAUUGUAAAUCAAUUUCUACCGCUCUUGAAUUAAAUGAAAAUGAAAAGCAAUUAAAUUUACGACGAAAAAAUGAACAAAGUACCAUAAAUCCUAACAUAAAGAAAAAACUUAAAGACUUAACUAUUGAUUAUGCAAGAGGAGAAGGAACAUUAUUCUCUGACAGUUCCUCUGAUGAAGAAUCAUCAGAAGACGAGAAUGAUGAAGAUAUUGAACACAAUUGGGGAGAACUGGAUAAAGAUGCUGACACAACCGAAGAAGUUACAUCACGUUUAGCAGUUUGUAAUAUGGAUUGGGAUAGAAUUCGUGCAGUAGAUUUAAUGGUUUUGCUGAAUUCUUUUCUACCUCCAGGAGGUUUAAUACACUCUGUUACAAUUUAUCCAUCGGAAUAUGGUUUAAAACGAAUGAAAGAAGAAGAAAUUAAAGGUCCUAUUGAAUUAGUAGAUAAUAAAACAGAAGAAGAAUCUGAUAAUGAUACCCACAGUAAUGAUCAUGAUGAAAAUAAUAGUGAAAAUGAAGAAGGAUCACAGUUUCAUAGAGAAAAAAUGAGACAGUACCAACUAAAUAGACUGAAGUAUUACUAUGCAGUUGUAGCUUUUGAUUCUGAAGAAAGUGCAAAUAAAGUAUACACGGAGUGUGAUGGGAUAGAAUAUGAAUCAACUGCUACCAAGUUAGAUUUACGAUUUAUUCCUAACGAUAUGGAAUUUGAUCAUGAACCUAAAGAGGUUUGUAGUAAAUUACCUGAAGUUACUAAAUAUCAGCCAAGAUCGUUUACAACAACUGCUCUGCAACAAGUUAAAGUUGAACUUACUUGGGAUGAAACUAAACCAGAAAGAAAAGAAAUAACUCAAAAAUUAAAUUCCGGAAAAAUUGAUGAUGUUGACGAUAGUGAUAUUCAAGCUUAUCUUGCAAGUGGAACCAGUGAUGAAUCAGAUGUUGAUGAAAUUGAUGUUCACGAAAAAAGUGAGGCAAAUUCUAAUGUUCAAGUAAAAGAACAUUCAGAUCCUAUUGAAAAAUAUAAAUCUUUACUAAAAUCAAUCGAAGAAAAAGAGGAAGAAAAAAAGAAGAAAGAAGUUGAGUUAGAAUUUACUUGGGGAUUGGGAAUAAAAGAAAAGACCGAAAAAUUAGUUAAAGAAAGAAUGAAAAAGAAAGAAAAUUUAACACCUUUUGAACAAUUUUUGGAGAAACGAAAAGAAAAGAAAAAAGCUAAAUUGGAAGAAAAAAAGAAAACGAAACAAUCCGAUAUAAAUGGAGAGUCUUCUAAUGAAGAAGAGUCUGAUAGUGAAGAUUCUAUUCCUUCAGAUGUAGACAUGAAUGAUCCAUACUUUGCAGAAGAAAUGAAAAAUAUGAAGCAAAAAAAUAAAAAAAUUAAAAGUAAAAAGAUCAAUCAUGAUUCUGACGAUGAAGAAAAGAUACAGAAGAAAUCAGAAUUAGAGUUAUUGAUGUUGGAUGAGGAUGAUGGGAAACAUCAUUUUGAUAUGAAUAAGAUUGAAGAAAAUCAAAUGCUUACAAAAUCUAAAAAGAAAAGACUGAGUAAGAAAAAGAAAAAGCAAGUGAAAGAAGUAGUUGAAGAUAACUUUGAAGUUAAUGUGAAUGAUCCUAGAUUUUCUGCACUUUUUUAUUCACAUUACUUCAACGUUGAUCCUGCUGACCCUCAUUAUAGGAAAACUAAGGGAACCGAAGCUUUAAUCAAUGAAAAGUUUAAGAGACGAGCUAACCAAAAUGAAGACAAGGAUUUACCCACAAAACAAUUGAAAAAAGAUGAAGCAACAAAGGAUGAUAUUGCAGCCCUUGUAAAAAUGGUGAAGAAAAAUACUAAGAAUAUAUUAAAACCUAUAAAAUAGUAAUUUAAUAAUUAAUCGAUACAUUUUGUAUAUAAAAAUAAUAUUAAACGUUUUU